CUGGCACCGGGAAGCGAAUGACUGGGAUGAGCCCUUUGUCACCGUAUUUAAACUUGGACCCCAAGUACCUAGUACAGGAUACAGAUGAGUUUAUCUUGCCCACAGGAGCCAACAAAACUCGAGGCAGAUUUGAGCUGGCCUUUUUCACCAUUGGAGGAUGUUGUAUGACAGGGGCAGCAUUUGGUGCAUUGAAUGGUUUGAGACUUGGCUUGAAGGAGACACAAAAUAUGGCAUGGUCAAAACCUAGAAACGUACAAAUUCUAAAUAUGGUGACAAGGCAAGGAGCGUUAUGGGCUAACACUCUGGGAUCACUGGCUCUACUUUACAGUGCAUUUGGAGUCAUCAUUGAAAAAACACGAGGUGCAGAAGAUGACCUGAACACCAUAGCUGCUGGAACCUUGACAGGAAUGCUGUACAAAAGCACUGGUGGAGUGCGCGGGAUAGCUCGAGGUGGGAUCGCAGGUCUGACGCUGACCGGCCUCUACGCCCUGUACAACAACUGGGAGCACAUGAAGGGCUCCCUAGCCCGGCAGUCCCUGUGAGCAGGGCAGAGGACACGCUUGCUUAGUCACCUAUCAAAUCAGUUGUGAGAUCUAUCUGGUGCCCCUUGCUAUUUUAUUUACAGUUAGUGUGGAACUGAUGGAAGCUGUGCUGGGAGGAACCUCUUGACACAGUGUAGCUGGACUGGCCCUUCCCACCAGCCAGUUGCUGGAGAGGCAACAAUAUUUGUUGGACCUGCAAGUGAAGAGAGCGGCCACCGGGACAGAGUCUCCCUGCCAUGUUCCCCAAGCAGCCCUGGCCAGAGCUGCCAGGAAUGCUGGGCCCCCAUAGCUGCUCUCACUCGCUGCCAGGUUUGUUUGGUGCCUGUAGGGUCUGUGUCCAUGGAGCAUUCCCUGCAGUCCCAGCAGCCAUAGCACAGGCAGGGCUUGCUAUUCUGACAGCACAAGGCAAGCUAGCAAAAGGGACAUCAUCAGAAUAAAAAGGGUGGUACUUACUCAAUACCAUUUCUAUCCUUUGCUCUUCCUGCUACAAAAGUGUGCUGUAUCCAGCGACCUACUUAGGGAUUAAUUUUAAAGGACCAGUGUGAUGAAAUCCUGGGGGAGUUGGCGGGUGAGGGGAAGUGGACAAGCAGACUGAUCGUCUCCUGAUGGGUGGUUAUGCUAAGGCAUAGCAGGGCUUGACUUCAGUCCCUUAUUUGCUCUAACAAAUAAGGACCUGGUUUUUUAUGGAUGAAAGGCAGUUGCUAUUGCAGAACAGCUGCCAGUGGAUUAUCAAAACACUUGGGUGCUCCAAUAUCUCAGAACUCAUUUAGCCAACAAUUAGAAACCAAACAGUACAAAGACUCUACUCAUUACCUAUUACAGGACUUUUAAUUAGCAAGAAACUUUUUGCCUGAAGUACCAUUCAUAGAUUUUUGGCAGAAUGAAGACUGUGAUAAACCUACGCAUUCUCCAGUGUUAAACCGUGUAUCAAGCACCUUGCAGAUAAAUUAAACAGUAAGUUGAUAAUUAGUUCAGUAAUUAGAGUUGCUGUAUAACAACUCCUUCCACAUUUAAAUAAUUAAACAGGUGAAUUAUUAAAGAGGUCUGAAGACAGGGAAGGCAGAGCAAAGGAAAAGCAAGAAACUUACUAGUCACCAGACAACUUAAUGCAAACCAAGUUUACAUUUGAGUUUUUGCUACUGAAACAGCUCUUAAUAAUUACGUUGCAUGCACCAAAAUAAAAACAAUAAAAAGCAGUAAAGGGAAGGUGGUAGGUCUUCCCUUCCCCCAAGAGGAAACACCACUUUGCUACGAGGCCUCAUUGGUAGCAAAUAACCACUGAGACCAGCUUUUUAUAGAGCAAGUGCUCUAGCUAAUGAGCCCUCACAAGUGAACUCAAUUAGCUUUGCUUGCAUACCAGGUCAAAUUAGAUGCUUUAUGCCAGCACUUAAGAGUACCAUAAAGGAAGCAGGCCUUUUCUCACCCCCUGUGUCAAUACUGGUUUUUGUUAAGCCUUAUGUUCUACAAUUCCAUAGUGCUCUGCAUGUUACUGUUGUGGUGUGAGAGCUGGACUUCCUUCCUAGCAUGCAUUUUUUGAGGGCUGUACCACCAAAGAACCUGUCCCCCACUUGCAGGCUGCAUAGGGGCGAUGAGAACUUCAUCUGCACAGCACUGUCACAUGGGAUAUCAGGAGAACACUUGCACUUUCUUCUGAGUUUUUUUUCUCCCCACUGGCAUCAGUGAGUUCCUCCCCUGCAUGUUUCCUGAUCACCAUUGGUUGGACUUCUGUUUCUGCACUCUUGACCACGCUGGAUGAAGGAUUGAGAACUGCUUUGGGGGUUGAUGGAGGGCAAGGUUGGCUUUUUAAAUGUCAGGAACUCUGCAAUGUAUCUUAGGUUUUCUAAAGACUUUUUCAGGACUAAAAUGUCACCCAGGAACUGUCUGCCCUAAUUGAAGUGGGUAAACUGUGAAGCUUAACAAAUGUAUUUCCUUCUUCAGGUGCACUAGAGAUAAUAUAGAAACAAGCCUUUUCAGGUUCAUAGUUAGCACAGCCUUAAGGCUAGGCUGACUCUUGAACAACUUAGCAUGUUAUCUGGUCUUCAGUGCACUCAGAUUUCCUGGAACUGCUCGCUUCAAGGGCAGAGCUGGGAGCAUUUUUCUGAAAUUGCUGUGUUACAGCUGAUAAAAGUUUUGGUUCAUAAUCUUUGUAUAUUGAGUAAUCUGUAGCUUGAGCCAUAGCUCACACACACAACCAGCACAGAGGCAGCAGUGAGGGAGGUGAAUUGUAUGAUACAAUACAGAGAAUGUGUUUGCAAUAUUCUGUCAUGACAUACUACAUUCCUGGUUUACUGGCAAUCAGUUCAAAGUUGCUACUUUAAAUUGUGACCAAAAAUAUAUCCAAAUUCAGUAGGAAUUAAAAGGAUGUAAAAUCAAGUUGAAAACAAGAUCUGGCUCAAGGUAAAGCCCUCUCAUGCAGCAUUACAUAAAUGUGAGCAUGGGAGACCUUGACUGUCUUUUGGAAGAGCAGGGUUUUGGUGCCAGUUGUGGUAUCUUUGCUGACAGAUCCAAGGCAGCUUUCCAUGCUGUGGUACCAAGUGAGGGAGCUGAGACAGCAGAUAUAAUGGAAGGGUUUUGAGGCUUAUGAAGCUGCUUCUGCUUAGUCUUUGGAACAGAAAGCAAAUCCACUUAUCAUUCCCUGUCAGCAGGUGACUUCUCUUACAGUUGGAGGAAUUUGUUGAAAAAUCACUACUUAGGGUGGAAAUCUCUGGGCACCCAGUAGCUUCUGAAAACAGGAGGCAAAAUGUAUGUUAGGGCAGAAAAACAAUCCCGUGUUCAUAGUCUGUUUCCUGUGAUCUAAUCUGAGACUUCAAAAGGAGGGGGAAAUCCCUUUGUAUGCUUUAACAGAAGAUUACCCCUGUGCUUAAUAAAUUCUAGAUAGGAAA